CGUGCAGGAAUGGAGCUCGGUCCCUUUAAAUCCCGCCGAGGAACGCCUGAGGGCCGGGCCGCGCCAUUCCCGGAUCCACCGGCUGGGAAUCGCGGGUCCCCGCGCGUCCUGCAGCACUUCCCGCGCCGCGCCCCCAGCCCAGUGCGCCGGCUCUGUGCUGGGGUGCCCGGGCGGUCGGGAGAAUGAGCCGCAUCUACCACGACGGCGCGCUCCGGAACAAGGCGGUGCAGAGCGUCCGGCUGCCAGGGGCCUGGGACCCCGCCGCCCACCAGGGGGGAAAUGGUGUCCUGCUGGAGGGAGAACUGAUCGAUGUAUCUCGGCACAGCAUCUUGGACGCUCAUGGCAGGAAGGAGCGCUACUACGUGCUGUAUAUCCGGCCCAGUCACAUCCAUCGCCGUAAAUUCGACGCCAAGGGAAAUGAAAUCGAGCCCAACUUCAGCGCCACCAGGAAGGUGAACACGGGCUUCCUCAUGUCGUCCUACAAGGUGGAAGCCAAGGGGGACACUGACAGGCUCACGCCCGAGGCGCUGAAGGGGCUGGUCAACAAGCCAGAGCUGCUCGCGCUGACAGAGAGCCUCACCCCCGACCACACAGUGGCGUUCUGGAUGCCCGAGUCAGAGAUGGAGGCGAUGGAACUCGAGCUGGGGGCUGGGGUACGGCUGAAGACUCGGGGCGAUGGUCCCUUCCUGGAUUCAUUGGCCAAACUUGAGGCUGGAACAGUGACCAAGUGUAAUUUCACUGGUGAUGGAAAGACAGGGGCAUCCUGGACAGACAACAUCAUGGCCCAAAAGUGUUCGGAGGGGGCUGCAGCGGAGAUCCGAGAGCAGGGGGACGGGGCAGAGGAUGAGGAGUGGGAUGACUGAGGGACGUGGCUGCCUCCGGGGGCACCAGCACCUUCUGUAGCAUUGUGGAACAUUUCUUCCAUGAACUUCUACUCUGGAGCUGGAGAGAACAGUCUGCCAAUUCUUACCUGGUUCUUCCCCAUAGCCACCUUGGAAUACUCUUUGAACAAGCUCUGCUAAAACCAAACCCAUGACCACUGUGUUGGUGGUGGGGCCUCAUGCUGUGGCUCACGGAGGGCCCCUCCCUGCAUGUGAGUCUAGCCUUCCUAGACAUUACAUGAUGACCCUUUAAAAAAAAAUUAGAGAUGGAGGUCUCACUAUGUUGCCCAGGCUGAUCUCAAACUCCUGGACUCAAGCGAUCCACCCACCUCCACCUCCCAAGGUGUUGGGAUUACAGGCGUGAGCCACCGCACCCAGCCUCAUGUUGACCCUGGCCCUGGAUAGCAGCCUUGUUUGUAGAGGCAGGUGGUGGGAGAGACCCUAGGACAGCCUGAGAGUAACUGGACCUGGUAUUGGUGCAGAGUGGGGAAUAUCCCUUGUCUAAAUGCAGAGCAGCUGAGAGAAGUUAGCGGGGCUCUUCCUCCGUUCUCAUUGUUUCCUGCUUUCCUUCCCCACCCACCCCUUCCUCAGCACUCUGUGUUGUAGCCUGUACUAUCCUGCUUCAAGCCUCCGUGUCCCUUGUACCUUCCCCCCACCUUGAGUUGCCAGUUCUUUACUCCCUCAAAUGUUCCCAUGCCACCUCGGGGGUUUCUGUUAUCUGACAUCCCUGGCUGCUUUCCGGGUAGAUGCCAUUCCCAGAGAGGCCAACAGCGUUCCCAGGCGUGGCUGGCUGGUGCGCAUCUCUCAGACUCACUCUGCCAGGCUACAGUUUUGAGAAUACCUUUUUUGUUGUUGUUUUGUACCUGGAGAACUUUUUAUGAAUGAGUAAAUCUUCAGAAAGGAAUUCCUCCACCCUUACUGGGUUCUUGUCAGGUGUAAAGGGCCUUUCAGCUGAGCAAUGUUCCUAUGAGAAGGAAGCCAUUUCUCUUGGCUCAUGAACACUGCCUUUUGGGUAGUAUGCUCACACCCAGAUCUGUGAAGAGACCUGGAAUUGAAGUCUCCAUAUCGUCAGGACUUGGUGGCAUGUGGAUCUUGCUUGACUUGGGAAAAGAGAGGGUGGUGGUGAACUAAUAAUUAUGGAGUCCCCCUAAUGUGUCGAACACAAUGCUAGAUGAUUUCCAUGAUAAUAAUUACUCAUACUUGUGCUAAGCACUUGCGAUAUCGUACUUGUCACAACAGUCCAUGAGGUACUGAUUAUUAUCCCCAUUUUCUCAUGAGACUAAAGCUCAGAGCUCUAGGAUAGUAUACAGUGGCAAGAGGAAUUUACACCCAAGCACUCAGAUUUCAAAGCCCACAUUCUUAACUACCGGACUAUUCAUAUUACAGAGCAGGAAAAGGGUCUCAGACAGGUUAAGCAACCUGCCCAGAGUCACACAGCUAAUGAGUAGCAGAAUCAGGAUUCAAACCCAGAGCUGUCAAAAGCAAACCUUAUGUUCCUUCCACUAUUCCCUGCUUCCUUGCCCUUCAGAAAGGUCUUGGAAACAGGGGCCAGAGGAUGUGGUAGCCACUUCACUGGUGUUCUGUGUCUGAAUGGGACUUUCUCACAGGCAGGCCAUGCUGGGACCUCAGCCAUGGGGGUGGCCAGGGAGGUGGUUGAGCAGAAGGAUAGCUGGGGACACUGACUGGGGGUAGAGUCACCCAGUGUCUUUAGACAUCCUGCUGUCUAAAGCACUGUGUCCAAAGGGUGUGGCAAACUUAUAUGGACAGGUCACCAUUCCAAACAAGGAGGCCCAGUGUGUCAAUAGGAGAGGUCCUAAAACAACAAAAAGGGCGGGGUGUCUUGGAUGGGCUUCAGGAAGGGAAAGACCAUUGUGUCUGGAGCUCAGAGAAUGGGGGCUUGUGUUUGAGAUGAGGCUGGAGAUUGGGCAUGGCAUCCUCACGCAUGUUAAGGAAUUGGGGACUUUAUCCUUAACAUUCUGGAAGCCAGUGAUCCCAUGGAGAGUGAGAAGAUCUGAUCUGUGUUUCAAAGGUCACUUGACUGCUGAGCAGCUGGAGGCGAGUUGCUCCUUUAGGAGACUGCUGCAGUUGCCUGGGUGAUAGGCUAGAGGGGUCUGGUCUAUAGCAGUGGCAGGGGAGAUGGAAAGAAGAGAAUGGUUUGAGGGGCAUUCAGGGGGCAAAAUCAACAGGACCUGGGGGGAGACGAAGGGAUCAAGAAUGAUGCCCAGAUUCUGGGUGAGUGGCAGUGCUGUGGUGCACAAGUAGUGAUGUUAUGUUUCUGGGUGACCUGCUGUUUAGCAGGGGCCCAGCCUGUGGCUAAGAAGUAUAGAGAACUGAAACUAGCUCCCUAGGGAUGGGAAAACCAAGUGGGCUGAGGAUAAGAACAGGGCCCCAGGGCUGGGUGCAGUAGCUCACGCCUGUAAUCUUAGCACUGUGGGAGGCUGAGGUGGGCGGAUCACUUGAGGUCAGGAGUUCAAAACUAGCCUGAUCAACACAUUGAAACCCCGUCUCUACCAAAAAAUACAAAAAUUACCUGGACAUGGUGGCACAUGCCUGUAGUUCCAGCACCUUGGGAGGCUGAGGCAUGAGAAUUUCUUGAACCUGGGAGGUGGAGGUUGCAGUAAGCUGAGAUUGCCACUGCACUCCAGCCUGGGCAACACAGUGAGACCCUGUCUCAAAAAAGAAAAAAAAAAAAAGAAUAGGGUCCCUGGCUCAGCAGGUAGGGACACUGAGGUAAAAUCCUAUUCCCUAGGACUAGGGACUAGGAAGGGAGAAAACAGGAAGCUGCUGUGGCAUAGGCAUCUGCAUGGGCAGAUGGUGAGGCCAAAGCCCCUGAUUUUGCCAUACCUCCUGCCCUGGUCAGGACUGGUUCAGGCAUUAGGGCAGGCCCAGCCAGGGCAGAAGCCUUCCCAGAUACACCUGUGGAGAGUUGAGGAACUACAGCAGGGCUGAAACCCUGCUUUCAGGGGCCCCCAUGUGGCUGGUAGGGGCAGCUUUUGGAAGCUAGACUGGAUCCUAUUACUCCCCAGAUGAAAAGUUCAAAUUCCUUAAUACAACUCAGAGCUCAUCACAAUGUCACAACCCUCCUUUCUCGGCUCGCUUCCUCCUUAAGAGCUCUGGGGCGAUUCUUUCAGACCAGCCUGAGGGAUCUUCCACAGGUUGUUAAUAGGGCUAGAAACAAAAAGUGGUGGUGUUUCUAUGAUCUAAUUUGUUGGAACAAACGUAAUGUUAAACUCAAACAUUUCUGUAGGAUUUCUUGGCGCUUUAACUAUACUAACAUUUACUGUAACUCUUCAGGACAGGGUAUGAUUACGUAUUUCCCACAUUUCUUUGGUCAUAGAACCCGUUUCUGUGAGGAGCAUUUCAUGGGACAGCUGUUGUGAGAAACAGUUUGGGAAGGGCUGUGUUGGUCCCAUGGAGGGGCUGGCUGUUCCCGGAGCAGGCCACUCCCCCACUUGCAUUGCCUUGCCUGGACUCUUUUCUUGGAGGGAGGUCCCUUUCCUCUACCCAUCUGAAUUUCUUUUCUUCCAUCAGUUUCCAGCUUGCCUUUCACCAUGGGCCUAAUGAUGGAAAUUACAGUUAUUUUGUAUCUUCAAACAGAACCAAGCAAAUCCUCUGAGCUUCAUUCAUAUGGGAAAUUUUUUUUUUUCUUUCUUUUUUUUUUGAGAUGGAAUUUCACUCUUGUUGCCCAGGCUGGAGUGCAAUGGCUCAAUCUCGGCUCACUGCAACCUCCACCUCACAGAUUCAAGAGAUUCUCCUGCCUCAGCAGGAGGAUUACUGUAAUCCCAAGGAGCUGGGAUUACAGGCCUGCGCCACCACGACUAGCUAAUUUUGUAUUUUUAGUAGAGAUGGGAUUUCACCAUGUUGGCUAGGCUGGUCUCGAACUCCUGACCUCAGGUGAUCCACCCCCCUCAGCCUCCCAAAGUGCUGGGAUUACAGGCAUGAGCCACAGUGCCGGACAUUAUGGGAAAAUUUUUUGAGGGACUAAACUAAUCUCCACAAAUAGCAAUGCAUUUAGGAAAUAUAUUUAAAGGGGAAAAAAAGACUCAUAGUUUCACUCAGUCAUGUUCAUAAUUUUUAGUGUUUGGGUUUUUUAGCAUGUAAUUUGUGUACAUAGUUUUGGUUUUUGUAAACUUGCAUAGGGGUUUUCUGGUACAAACUGGAAAACCUGCUAGACAAAUUCUGAAACAUCUGUAAUGCUUGUACGCAGUUGUUGUAACACUAUGCCCACACAUAAUCACUUUCCAUAUUGCUGCAUAGUCUUUGUAACCAUUUUUCUUUCUUCUUUUUUUUGAGAUGGAAUUUUGCUCUUGUUGCCCAAGCUGGAGUGCAAUGGUGCGAUCUUGGCCCACCGCAACCUCUGCCUCCCGGGUUCAAGCUAUUCUGCUGCCUUAGCCUCCCGAGUAGCUGGGAUUACAGGCACACGCCACCAUGCCCGGCUAGUUUUUGUAUUUUUAGUAGAGACGGGGUUUCACCAUGUCAGCCAGGCUUUUCUUGAACUCCUGAUCUCAAGUGAUCCUCCCGCCUCAGCCUCCCAAAUUGCUGGGAUUACAGGCGUGAGCCACCACGCCCACCUGUAACCAUUAUUUUUAAGAUUGCUACCAUUGGAUAGUUCUGUCAUGGUCCAACUUUUGGAUAUUUAAAAUUGAUCCCUGUGUGGCUAACAGAAUUAAUGUUUCCAAAAAUGUUGAAAAUUAUAUAGUUCGCUUAAUUCCCCACCUCUAACUGUAUUUUUGGGUUAUUUCUUUAGGAACAGAUGCCCAGGAGUCAUAUUACUGAGAAUCUAGACAUCUUUUGCAAAGUUCUUGUUAUAUUGCCAAAUUGCUUCCCAAAAGGGUUGUUCUAAACCAUAAUUUCACCAGCAAUGUAGGGGAGAACCAUUUUUAUGCUGCCCUUGUGAGAAUUGGGUAUGAAAACAUUUUUAAAAUGAUUUUUGAUGAGAUGGAAAUAAUAUUUGAUAUAUUUUAAUUUGCCUUUCCCCCACUUAUAGUGAGCUUAAACAUUUUUUCCUUUUCCUAGCUGUAUUUCUCCUUUUGUUAUUCGUUCUUUUGUCCAUUUAUCUACUGGGGAGAUGGGGAGUGUUAUCUUUUUAGUUUAUCAGUUAUUUGCAUUUUAAAUAUAACCAUUUGCCAUAUUUUAACAAUGAUUUUUCCAUUAAAUAAUUCUUUUUAUAAAAAAACUUUAUAUAUCUGUUGAUGUUUUGUGAUUUUUAUUGCUUCUAAGCUAAUACAGAUUUUUGGAUCUUAUUCAA